AUGGAUUCUGUUAUAUACGUAUUUUUGUUGUGCACAUUUUUUACGGGAUUGGAAUUAAAACCAGUAAAUGAAACAAGAUUUACAAUACCAAGGCGGAUCGAACAAAAUCAUCGCAUAUCUCUCAUUGGGAUAAUCGAUAGCCAGGGCAAGUUGAGCAUCAGUUUGUCAGGAAAAAAUACGAACAGUAAAGAUGACUGCCAAUUAAUAUUUUCUCCUAGCAAAGGAUCAAUUGGUGUCUAUUCCCAGGGUUCUAAAAUAGAUCAAAUAGAAUACAAUUACGUCAUUGAAAACAAAGAAUAUACCACAUUUAUUCUGGAAAUGGAUGCCACGCGUAUAAACAGCAAUAAUAAAAUUGACGUUAUCUUCGAAGCCAAUGAUGCAGGAACACAUAUGUUUGAUAAUACGUGUAAAUUUACAUCAUCGGAGUCCAUUGAGUACAUAAUUGUAAAAGGAAGUGGAUAUUUAAAGGAAUUAAACUUUAAAUAUGACAACACAUAUUCAAACAAAAAGAAAACGAAUAAUCAA